GACUGUGUUUAAGCUGCACGACCUUAAAGUGAAGAUAUCAGAAGAGACUAGACUGCCAGUAGACGAUAUGUCCGCUUCAGAGGAAGAGUGUCCUGUAUGCAGGGAAAACAUACAGAAUCCUUCUCAACCAUCUCCAUGCUGUGGAAAAGUAAUUUGCCAGCAAUGCCUCAGUCAAUCUCUUCAAUAUAGGCUUCACUGUCCAUACUGCAGAAGCUCAGUAAACAACCGUGGUUCUGUGAAUAAUCCAUUGGUACCUCCUAGUAGGAGAAGUCAUCUGCGUCAAAUCCUCCCGGGGGAUAUUCAAACAUUUAAUUCAAGAAGACCUGUUGGCGCAAACAUACACAAUCUCCUUGGCCAGCUUCAGUAUUCACUGACACAACAAGCCAGUCUGCCCAAUCAUGCUGCCCUGCCACCCGUCCCACGAAAUCAAGCACCUUUCCCUUUAAUUUCCUCUGCACGGCCCGUUCCUACACCACGGACAAGAGCUCAACCUGCAAAUUUAAUUGCUGCCCAGCAGCCUGCACCCAUUAAUGCUGCUCCGAAUGGUUUUAUUCAAGUCCCCUUGCCACCUGUCCCAGCUCCACUGCUGCUAAACCCCGCCCCGUCCCAGGAAAAUUUGCAGGCUGAGCUGGAUGACUGGCCAUGGCAAACGGAGAUCAAUCUAAUGGAGAUGAAUCAACCUCAAGGUUUAACUGUGAGGACUUUUGUCUGUCCGUACUGCCAGGAUGAUGGACUGGAUGAACUCGAUCUACUUGAUCAUUGCAAUGAACAUCAUGCCAAUGACAGCAAACGUGUGGUGUGUCCAGUGUGUGUGCAGACGCCCCACGGUGAUCCGCAGUACUACAGCCGCAAUUUCAUUGGCCACCUCAACCUGCGCCACUGCUACUACAUGGAUGAUAUGACUAACAUCAACCAGACUGAUGAGAUGAACAUUCAGUGUGCAAUUCUAGCAUCAUAUAGGGAAAAUAUUUAGGUCUUGUUUACAUUGUAACCACAACAGAGUUUUAAUGUUUUUGUUGUUGUUGUUGUUGUUGUUUUUCUGAACGACAUAAAAAAAACUGCUUGGGAAGAAGAUUCUGAACAACAAGGACAUAAACAACUGCGAAAUCGAUAAAAGAUAUGGUAUAUCAAAGAUGUGAUACAUGAAGAAAAUUGACGAAUUUACCAAUGUUAUGUGAAAUAUAAUGCUGUAUGUGGUUGGAAAUGUUUUGAUUGAAAUGCUUUUAAAGUAACAGAAAGUAAUGCAUUGUCAUAUUCUAUCUGAUGCAUCUCAGGUAAUGAUUGUGGCUUUAAAAUUACUUGUAAAGAUUUAUCUGCCAAAAACAUUUUGCACAAUUUAGCUUUUCUUGCACUUUCUUCUCAGAUACAAGAUUUAUGCAACAUACAUGUACGUUUGUGAUAUUGUUUGUGGGAUUUACUUUGUGGGAAAAUGUUUUAAUGAAUUAUUCAAGUGA